UCAAUGGUGGGUACAUUUCUUCACGACCAUAUCUCGUUGAUUACCAAUUGAGCAAGAGUAUAAGUACUUGGAAGCUUCGUAUUUUUUUGCUCAGGCAUUCUUUUUCGUCAAUUCGUCCAAUUGGUGUUUGCAGCAUCUUGAUCUGUCUUAAGACCAUUCAUUUGUUUGCUCCCAAAUCUUCUCAGAGAGAAGUACCAAAAGCAAUCGUCGUUUAUCCGAUUCAGCAACGCCUGAUCAAGUAUCGGCUUCGUAUACGAACUCUGGUUUAAGUUUGUAUAACACAUACACAAAUCAUCACCAUGGCACCUCCUGAUGUGAACGUCGGCGUUGAAGGCCUCCCAUACUUCACCCCUAAACACAAGAUCUCCCCAGGAACGCCCUUUGAUAAGAGCAAGACUGUCCCGACUCUCUUCACGCCUCUGAAGAUCCGAGGCACGACACUCCGCAACCGCGUUCUCGUGGCGCCAAUGUGCCAGUACUCCACCGCCUCCAGUGGACCUGACAUUGGCGCCCUGACCGACUACCACGUCGCAACGCUCGGCCACUACGCACUGAAGGGAGCCGGCCUCGUCUUCGUCGAAGCGACGGGCGUGCAAGCCAAUGGCCGUAUUUCGCCCAACUGCCCUGGAAUCUGGAGCGACUCCCAGAUCCCCGCCCUCAAGAGGGUCUCCGACUUCAUCAAGAGCCAAGGCGCCCUCAGCGGCAUCCAACUCGCGCACGCGGGCCGCAAAGCCAGCACCGCAGCGCCCUUCCUCGCAGCCAACGCCCCGGGUAAGAAGCCCAGCUUGCGAGCUUCCGUCGAGGCUGGAGGCUGGCCUCAGGACGUCGUCGGCCCCAUGGGCGGCGAGGAGUGGACGUGGGACCUCAAGUCCGUGAGCGACGAGACCGGCGGCUACUGGCCACCGCGAGCCCUCAGCGAGCAGGAGAUCAAAGAGCACGUCCAAGACUGGGCCAAAGCCGCUCAACGCUCCGUCAAGGCCGGAAUCGACGUGAUCGAGAUCCACGGUGCCCACGGCUACCUCAUCAACCAAUUCCUGUCGCCAGCCACCAACCAGCGUACCGACAAGUACGGCGGCUCCUUCGAGAACCGCACCCGCAUCCUCGUGGAGAUCAUCCAGGCCGUCCGCGCCGUGAUCCCCGCCACCAUGCCCCUCUACCUCCGCAUCAGCUCGACCGAGUGGCUCGAGGAGACCGAGACCGGCAAGAAGACGGGCUCCUGGACCGUCGAGGACUCCAUCCGCCUCGCGAAGCUCCUCCCAGGCCUCGGCGUCGACCUCCUCGACGUCAGCAGCGGCGGCAACCACCCGCAGCAGCAGAUCAACAUGUUCGACUCCAAGGACUACCAGACGCGCAUCGCGGCGCGCAUCCGCUCCGAGCUCAAGAAGGACAACCUCGAGCUGCUCAUCGGUGCCGUGGGCCUCAUCACCGAGGCCGAGCAGGCGCGCGACAUCGUCGAGGAGGGUGGCGCCGCGGGCUCCCUUAACGGCAUCGAUAACUCGGAGAUCGAGAACGAGGCUAGGGCUGCGCUGAAGAUGACGGAGGGGAAGGGCGGUGAUGCGCCCCAGGCGGAUGUCAUUCUCGUCGCCAGGCAGUUUAUGAGGGAGCCCGAGUGGGUGCUUAAGGUUGCGUGGAGGUUGGGUGUUGAUGUCGCGUGGCCGAGCCAGUUUUUGAGGGUUAGGUUCCCGAAGUUGUAGAGG